GUAAACGUUUCAAUUUCCAUUAUCCAUUACUGACAUCAGUUACAAUAUUAUGCUCUACCAUGUAGAUGCUCGGGUGAAAUAACUUUAUUUAAUUUUUGUUUAUUUUUUUUAUUUUGUCCGUCUAAAAAAUAAUAUAAUACUCACUGAUAAUAUACUCAGAAAAAUAAAAUCUAAAUAUGUAUCUGAAGAUACUUGUACUGUUUUUGUGUCUAGAACUGGGUAUAACCUUCAACCAAACUUCUGAAACACCGAAAAAACUCUCGAAAAGCAACGUGACCGUAGCAGAAGGAAUCACCUUGACCAACGCAUCCUACAGUAGCUUAGACACCAGCAAUAAGUCGCUAAUUGAACAGCGCAAUGUGAAGCCACGGAAAGGAGUAAUUAGCAAGACAAUUGUUGCGCGAAAGGGAGUUGAAACAGCUGAAAACAGUUCGCAUUUAAAUUCUUCACAUUCUUUAAGUGAAAUCUCAGACAAACAUGACAAUAAUAAAAGUGUAAAGCCAAAACCAACUGUGACAACCGUUGACGAUCUUGAAGAAGAGGAAAAAGUCGUUAAAAAACCCCUAAAAUCUUCGGAUACUUCUAAUAAAUUAAAUUAUAUAUUACCUGUUGUUGCAACGAUAUUUUUAUUACCGAUUGUUAUUGUUUUUAUAAUGUUUAUUUAUAAUAAUUACUGCGACUGCUGGGAAAAGCGGCACUAUCGUCGCAUGGACUUCCUCGUUGAUGGAAUGUAUAAUGAAUAAUUAAAUUUAAUUAUCAAAUUA